AGUGCGAGAAGUAGUAAAGCAAAAAUGAAACGAAAGAAUAAGUCCCCAGACACCCAAAGCGAUGCUAAGAAACGAAAAACUCAACAAAUUGAGAACAAGAAAAUGAAAAGGAAAAGGACAGAAAAAUGGAAAUUCUUAGAACACAAAGGACCUUUCUUCGUUCCAGAAUACCAACCUUUACCGCCAAAUCUCUUUUCCUACAGUAGCAAGAAAGUUAAACUUUCUCCGAAAAGCGAACAAGUGGCAACCCUGUACGCCAAAAUGUUAAACACCAAAUGCGUCGAAGAAAAAACCUUUCAGGAGAAUUUUUUCAACGACUGGAGACAAGUCAUGACACGAAAUGAAAAAAUGGCUAUUAAUGAUUUAACUAAGUGCGAUUUUUCUUUAAUACAAGAGUAUCUUCAAAACGAGAAGAUAAAUAAAAAAGAUGCAAAAAUUGACGAUGAAUACGGUUUCUGUAACAUGGAUGGCGAAAAAACUGAAGUUAUCGGUUUCAAAAUGCAAGGUCCUGGAUUAUUUGUGGGACGCGGGGGACAUCCGAAAAUGGGUACACUGAAAAAGGGAGUCAGACCUGAAGAUAUUACAAUAAAUUGUAGUGAAGAUUCGAAGAUUCCGGAGCCUCCAAAAGGACACAAAUGGAAAAAAGUCGUCCAUGACAAGACAGUUAGUUGGUUGGCUAAAUGGUACGAUGACGUUACUAAUGGAGAAAGGUACAUGCUGGCAAAAUCAACUAACAUUAAAAAAAAGAAACAAACACAAAAUAAAGAUCAAGCAAGAGUAACAAAAACACAAAAGAAUCAACAAAAGUUUGACACAGCUCACACCCAAAAAUGCAAAGUUGAUCAACUGAACACCCAAUGCAUGUGGGAUUUUAAACUCCCCAUCUGUCAAAGUUAACCAAACGUCUGUAGCUCUAUAUUUAGUGCAACACUUCGGCUUCAGAAUCGACGAUAAAGUACAAGAUCGGCCGGACGGUAUAGGAUGUUGCGCCUUUAGAGUUCAAGAUGUUCAACUCCACAAAGAAAAAAACAACCGACAAAAUGUAGUCGUUUUCACGUUAUCAGGAAAAGUGUACAACGAAAUAUCCGUAGACGACGCAAUAUUUCGACAUUUUCGACUUUUCCAAAACAUGCUAUCUCCCGAAGACAAACUCUUCGACCGUAUAACACCCUCUGAACUAAGCAACUUUUUAAACUGCCACCCUUAUCACCUUUCAGAAAAACAACUGAAAACAGUCCACGCAUCUGUCGCUUUUGAAAUACUGUUGAAACUUUUUCCACAGAUGUUUCGCCACUUCAAUUUGAAAAAACCGGACUGUCACCAGUGCGCAAACCUUGCAGUUGCCAUUUUGUUCAAUCAUAGAAAAGAUUUCACGAACCGAGAUCCGGCAACACAGGAAAAAUUUGCUAAAGUAAGGCAUGAUAUUCAUUUUCUUGUAAGUCAGGUUAUCAAGACCAGAAACGCAUAUUACCAUCAAAGCAACUUUCCAAUAAAAAGUACAGGACUAUUUGAAGAUCUGCAAAGUAUUUUGCAGUUAAAUGACUAUGAUUUGACUAUAUCGAUGUCUAAAUAUUUGGACCCUCGGAUUACAAUGGCUUGGUGUCUGAAUAAUAACGUUCCAAUUGAGAAAGUGUUGACGAAAAAAUUACAAGAAAAGUUUAGUUGGGCAAGGAAAAGAAGGUCCCAGUUCUUUGACUAUUCUAAUUUUCUGUUGAGGCCGUGCUGACUGUGUAAAUCGUUUCUAUAAGAAAAAAAAUGCUAACAUUAUUUAUGGAUUUAUGUAAUGUCACUGACUGUGUAUGUAUAAUUAUUAAUAAAUCUGAAAUUGGUAAUUGUUUAGAAG